GCGGUAGUUUUGAAGAUGACAUUAAUCCCGGUAGGUCUAUGGUAGGUGGUGUGGACGGUGAUACCGCCACGCUAUCCUGCAGCUACAUUGGCUCUGUAGACAAUCUACAGUGGUAUCAUCAGUAUCCUAGGUCUAAACCAGAGUUCCUGAUUCUCCUCACCAAAUCAGGAUAUGUCCAGAAAACUGUCCCUUCUCGCAUCUCAGCUCAGGUUCAUACCGACAGUGUGGUCUGGAGAUCUCCUCUGCUGAAGUGACAGACUGCUCGUCCUUGCUCAACUUUUUCAUUCAACUUUUUCACCACGGACGCUUUAUCUGGACAUGGUUCUACAGGACCUCCACCAGCCAAAAAAGCUAAGUAGUAACAUUAACUUUAUGCCCUCUAGUUGCAGUCGCUGUACUCAUAAAAUGCAGGAGAACAGUUGUCUUAUGGUGAGGAUAGCCGAGUUACAAUCCCAGCUUCAGACACAAUCAUUAGGCAAAGGAUGAAACAGUGUCUGUGCCACCAGUUAGUGCAGAUAGUAGUAUUAUCCCCCCCGCACAGUCCCAGCAGCCUGACAAUUUUCUCAAACUUUCAACUGGUUUUCCUCAUUAAGCAAUGAGUCGGAGUCAAAGGCCGUGCCUUCUCAGGUCUCUCCUACACCUGUUACGGGGUCUGAGCCGCCGAAGCCUCCCACUAUUAGCUCCGAAAAAUUGAAAUCCUUAGCGACUCCAUUACCCGCAACAUUACAUUUUAAAAGAAUAAUCCAGCGAUCAUACAGCAUUUACCAGGAGGCAGGGCGACCGACGUAAAGGCUAAUCUGAAGAUGUUGCUGGCUGAGGCUAAAACUGGCAAGUGUUGAGAGUAUAGGGAUAUUGUUAUGAACGUCGGCACCAACGAUGUUAGGAUGAAACAGUUAGAGGUCACCAAGCGCAACAAAGCUUCAGCGUGUAAAUUAGCCAGAAAGAUGUGUCAGCAUCAAGUAAUUGUCCCAGUUUGGGGGAGUGAUGAGCUCCACAGCAGAGUUUCACAACUCAAUCGCUGGUUGAAAACUGUUUUCUUCCCCUCCCUAAAGAUGGAAUUUGUAGAUAAUUUACCCUCUUUCUGGGACUCUAGGACCAAGCCUGGCCUGCUGAGGAGUGACAGACUCCACCCUAGCUGGAGGGGUGCUCUCAUCUUAUUUAACAACAUUGAGAGGGCUCUAACUCCACUAGCUCCUAAAUGAGAUAGCGUGCCGGCCAGGCAGCAGGCUGUUAACCAGCCUGCCAGCUUUGUUGAGUCAGUCACUAGCACAGUCAGUGUAGUCAGCUUAGUGUUCCCCAUUCAGACCAUGGCUAUGCCUCGAUCUAGAUCGGGAAAAUCUAAACAUAGCGGUGUUCACCUUAGCAAUCUCACUAGAAUAAAGACCUCCUACAUCCUUGUCAUUUCUGAAAGAGACUGUAAUAAUACCUAGGACUACUUAAUGUUAUAUCCCUCACUUCCAAGACAGUCAUAGUCAAUGAACUAAUCACUGAUCCUAAACAUGAUGUGAUUGGCAUGACUGAAACAUGGCUUAAGCAUGAUUAAUUUACUGAGUUAAGUGAGGCCUCUCCUCCUGGUUACACUAGUGAUCAUAUCCCCCGCGCAUCCUGAAAAGGCAGAGGUGUUAAAAAAAAUUUGACAGCAAAUUUCAAUUUACAAAAAUAAAAUACCAGCUUUUUUGUCUUUUGAGGUGCUAGUUAUGAAAUAUACCCAAGUACUUUUAUAGCUUUUGUUUACAGGCCUCCUGGGCAGUAUACAGCGUUCCUCACUGAGUUUCCUGAAUUCCUAUCGAACCUUGUAGUCAUGGCAGAUAAUAUUCAAACUUUUGGUGACUUCAAUAUUCAUAUGGAGAAGUCCACAGACCCACUUCAAAAGGCUCAUCAAAGACUCAGUGGACUCAGUGGAGUUUAUCCAACAUGACUCGGGACCUAUGCAUUGCCACAAUCAUACCGUGGAUCUGGUUUUGUCCUGUGGAAUAGAUAUUGUGGAUCUAAAUGUUUUUCCUCAUAAUUCUGGACUAUCGGACCACCAUCUUAUUAUGUUUGCAAUCGCAACAAAUAAUUUGCUUGGACCCCAACCAAGGAUUAUCAAAAGUCGCGCUUUAAAUUCUCAGACAACCCAAAGAUUAAUUGAUGCCCUUACAGACUCCCUCCACCUACCCAAGGGUGUCGGAGUACAAAAAUCAGUUCAACACUUAACCAGGGAUCUAAACUUAACCUUGCGUAAUACCCUAGAUGCAGUCGCACCACUACAAACUAAAACAAAUUGUCACAAGAAACUAGCUCCCUGGUAUACAGAAAAGACCUGAGCCCUGAAGCAAGCUUCCAGAAAAUUGGAACGGAAAUGGCACUACACCAAAUUGGAAGUCUUACAACUAGCUUGGAAAGACAGUAUCGUGCAAUAUCGAAAGGCUCUCACUGCUGCCCGAUCAGCCAAUCUUUCCAAUCUGAUUGAGAUGGCAGCAUUCGCGAAAAACUGAAAACACGAACCACCGCAUUUAACCAUGACAUGGUGAUGGGGAAUUUGGCAGAAUACAAACAGAGUGGUCGUUCCCUCCGCAAGUCAAUCAAACGGGCAAAACGUCAAUAUCGAGACAAAGUGGAGUAGAAAUUCAACAGCUCAGACACGAGACAUAUGUGGCGGACUACAAUAGGAAAUCACGGACUACAAUAGGAAAACCAGCCACAUCGUGGACAGCGACGUCUUGCUGCCAGACAAGCUAAACAAGUUCUUUGCCCGCUUUGAGGAUAACACAGUGCCAACGACGCGGCCAGCUACCAAGGACUGUGGGCUCUCCUUCUCCGUGGCCGAUGUGAGUAAGACAUUUAAACGUGUUAACCCUCACAAGGCUGCCGGCCCAGAUGGCAUUCCUAGCCGCAUCCUCAGAGCAUGCGCAGACCAGCUGGCUGUUGUGUUUACGGACAUAUUACAUCUCUCCCUAUCGCAGUCUGCUGUCCCCACAUGCUUCAAGUUGGCCACCAUUGUUCCUGUACCCAAGAAUGCAAAGGUAACUGAACUGAAUGACUAUCGCCCUGUAGCACUCACUUCUGUCAUCAUGAAGUGCUUUGAGAGACUAGUCAAGGAUCAUAUCACCUCCACCUUACCUGUCACCCUAGACCCACUUCAAUUUGCUUACCGCCCCAAUAGGUCCACAGACGAUGCAAUCGCCAUCACACUGCACACUGCCCUAUCCCAUCUGGACAAGAGGAAUACCUAUGUAAGAAUGCAGUUCAUUGACUAUAGCUCAGCAUUCAACAACAUAGUACCCUCCAAGCUCAUCAUUAAGCUUGAGGCCCUGUGUCUCAACCCCUCCCUGUGCAAUUGGGUCCUGGACUUCCUGACGGGCCACCCCCAGGUGGUGAAGGUAGGAAACAACAUCUCCACUUUGCUGAUCCUCAACACUGGGGCCUCGCAAGGGUGUGUGCUCAGCCCCCUCCUGUACUCCCUGUUCACUCAUCAAGUUUGCAGACGACACAACAGUAGUAGGCUUGAUUACCAACAAUGAUGAGACAGCCUACAGGGAGGAGGUGAGGGCUCUCAGAGUGUGGUGUCAGAAAAAUGACCUUUCACUCAACGUCAUUAAAACAAAGGAGAUGAUCGUGGACUUCAGGAAACAGCAGAAGGAGUACCCCCCCCUAUCCACAUCGACCGGAAAGCAGUGAAGAAGGUGGAAAGUUCCUCUGUGUACAUUUCACUGACAAACUGAAAUGGUCCACCCACACAGACAGUGCGGUGAAGAAGGCGCAACAGCGUCAGGAGGCUGAAGAAAUUUGGCCUGUCACCUAAAACCCUCACAAACAGAUGCACAAUUGAGAGCAUCCUGUCGGGCUGUAUCACCGCCUUGUACGGCAACUGCAACGCCCGCAACCGCAGGGCUCUCCAGAGGGUGGUGUGGUCUGCACAACGCAUCACCGGGGGCAAACUACCUGCCCUCCAGGACCAGAUGUAACAGGAAGGCCAAAAAUAAAAAGGACAACUACCACCCGAGCCACUGUCUGUUCACCCCGUUAUCAUCCAGAAGGCGAGGUCAGUAUAAGUGCAUCAAAGCUUGGACCGAGAGACUGAAAAACAGUUUCUAUCUCAAAGCCAUCAGACUGUUAAACAGCCAUCACUAGCACAGAGAGGCUGCUGCCUACAUACAGACUUGAAAAUCACUGGCCACAUGAAUAAAUGGAACACUAGUCACUUUAAUAAUGCCACUUUAAUCAUGUUUACAUAUCUUGCAUUACCCAUCUCUAUGCUUCUUUAUAUUUACCCACAAACAGCCAUUUCUGUAUCUCCUGUCUGAUCUUCAGGUGAGGUAACUUCUUAUCCUACAUGUGCUGCACACUACACCUUCUGAAGGACGGGUUGAUCAGGCCCAAGUGAGCCAGGUGGCUCGUCCACUUUUUCUCACUCUUCAGCCACAACCACUGAGAUGUUCUCUCUGCCUCCUGAUCAGUUAUAUGACCGAUCGUAUUUGUCUGUACUCCUCCUGUAGACUGCCCUCCACAGUUAUGAAGUCCAG